UUUGAUUCGUCUGAAAAAAAAUUAACAUUUUCUGAAUUUAAAGUGUGAAAACUGUACUUUGAAAGGGCGCCUUUUCAUAUUUAUUUUUCUAACCUCCAUUCGCUGUUGGGAUUAACAGUUUUUCUUUCUGUCCUGCUUGAGUAGACUAAAAAAAAUAAAAAUGUCUGAUGCUAAAGCUUCGUUUGGGCCAAGGCAGGUAAAUAGGCAAUUCUGAUUUUUUUUACGCAUUAGACCCUAAAACAGGUUAUCAUUUUUGUGGUUCCUAGCGUAGAAUUCGGCAUAUUCGUUCCAUUGUUUGUCGGAAUAUUGUGUGGAGGAACGAAGCAAAUGACUCAGAAAUAGAACCAACUUCGUUGCAGGAGCCUUCACCAUCGACUCCGAUUAACUCGAAAAGCGGCAUAAAACGAUCAGAAAGCGCCACGUCUUUAGCCACUCCUACUACAGCAGUGGAAGAUUCGUCGUUGAUGAAACGAGCUUACAAGAAACGAGAGCAACAACUGCAUUGUGGGGGCCUACUGGAUGCCUAUGUGACGCUGCACACAGGGACAACUGGCGAACCCGAGUUUUAUAAGAGUGAAAUGAUUCCUAACACUACCAAUCCAACAUUUCGGUCAUUAGCUUCUCACUUCGAUUGGAUGAACUGGUAUGACGCAGCUUCCAGUUUGUUGAUUAUCCGUCUCUGGGCAAGACAUUCUAUUCCAGAAUCGGCCGGUCAACAUACAGAACCGAUUUUAGGAUAUCAAAAUAAUCCAACUCAAGACCAAGAUUUUCAAUUAUUAUUGGAGUGGGACUUGGAUUUAAACGCGUUGUCUUGGAUAGGAAAAUCGUUUUUAGAUUUACAGUACUCGUUUCCCGAGAAUUCGUUUUUAAUCGAAUUACACGAUGGCUUUUAUUCGGCUCCUGACAUAAAGACAUUCUUAUCUAGUCAAAAUAAAAGAAUUAGCUUGCUGGAUUUGGAACAACAAUUGGACAAUGUUAGUAUUAAUACAGUACAGUCAACCAAGAAGAAGCGAUCGUAUACAUAUAAUCAUAUAAUCAAAUUAAACACGAUUAAGGAUUGUAUAUUUGACACACAAAAAUCAGCAGAUGAAGUAAGGCAAGGUAUUCAAGAUACAAUGGAUACAGGAGAGCGCGGAUUUCGGCUUGGGCGAGAACUAAAUCAGCAUAAAUCCCGGCUUGUUGAAAAGGAAGCACAAGUGAUACAACAAAAGAAGUUGAUCCAAAAUAAAGUUGAAGAACUAAAUUUGAAACGCCAGGCAAUACAAAAGCGCAAAAUGGAACUGAUGGAUUCAUUGGAGCGAUGCGAGUUAGGCACAGUCGAUUUACAAGACAACGAGGAAAUACUAGAAAAAAAUAUAAAGAUGAGGCAGACAAUAUUUCACAAGUUGAACCGAAGAAAGAAGGAGCUGAUUGCAGAUUUAUUCUCUAUAUACCCUAUUGAACAGUCCUAUGAUGAUUCGCAACAGUUUCGUAUUCGUGGUAUUUAUCUACCGAAUUCUGUAUAUGAUGGCCAAAACGAUGAGUUAAUCGCCACAGCCCUUGGUUUUACCGCUCAUCUUGUCUCCAUGCUGGCUUUUUAUCUGGAAAUUCCACUAAGGUAUCCAACCAUUCCUAUGGGUUCGAGGGCAUCUAUCAGAGAUGUUGUUUCACUAAUAAGUGGAUCAAGAGACUUUCCGCUGUACGCAAAAGGCGUAGAUCAAUACAGAUUUGAGUUUGGUGUGUUUCUUUUAAAUAAAAACAUCGAACAGCUGAUGAAUGCCUAUGGAUUGAUUGUGAUGGAUUUAAGACAUACGCUACCUAACAUUCAUUAUUUUAUUCAGGCUAUACUUACUACAUCUGUGACAUCUAGUCCCACUUCAAUGUCCGUCUUAUCUAUUUCCUCUUAUGCAAAUGGAUCACGUAAUAACAAUGAAGAGCCACCAAUUCGUCAGAACCAUAACCACUUAACUUUACAACCCACGCCUAGUUUACCUCACCCACCAUCACCUUCUAUAUCUCUUCAUUCUAUAUCCAAUAAUACUGCUCACUCGCCAAAAUCAUCUAUAAAUUAUCCAUCUGCCGCAUUUUUGAAUACACCUCAGGCUAUGGCUGCCCCUGCAAUAUUAGACACCAUCACCACAUCUUCCAGUCGCCAUACAACAAUAUAAUUUUUUUUUUUUAAUUCAACUUUUUUUUUUUUUUUUUUUGCGGUGUGUAAAAAAAUGUUUUAAAUAUUUUUGUAGCUGGGGGGUUAUAGAUUUUUUCCUUUCCUUUAACUUUUAUAUUUUAUAAAAAAAAAAAAUGGUUAACGUUGG